CCCUGGAAAAUCGGCCGGGGUGGCCCCAAGCUUUCCUUUUCCGGUGGCGGCGCCGCGCGGUGAGGAUCUCGUGUUCAUACUUGUAGCUAUGCCGUCCAAGGGUCCGCUGCAGUCCGUGCAAGUCUUCGGACGCAAGAAAACAGCCACAGCUGUGGCCCACUGCAAACGAGGAAAUGGGCUCAUCAAGGUGAAUGGACGUCCCCUGGAGAUGAUCGAGCCGCGCACGCUGCAGUACAAGUUACUGGAGCCUGUUUUGCUUCUGGGCAAGGAGAGAUUUGCUGGUGUGGAUAUCCGGGUCCGUGUGAAGGGUGGUGGUCAUGUGGCCCAAAUUUAUGGUGAGUCUGAGGAUUUGGGUGUGAGCGUGAGACAGCUCCUGAAGCAAGGCUGGGUCUUCACAAAACUUUUUGGUCAUUGUGUCUUGCAGCUAUCCGGCAGUCCAUCUCAAAAGCUCUGGUGGCUUAUUACCAAAAAUAUGUGGAUGAAGCCUCUAAGAAGGAGAUCAAAGAUAUCCUCAUCCAGUACGAUCGGACCCUGCUUGUAGCUGACCCCCGUCGCUGCGAAUCCAAAAAGUUUGGCGGUCCCGGUGCCCGUGCCCGGUACCAGAAAUCCUACCGAUAAGCCAGUCUCAAGGAUCAGGGUUUACCUUUGUAAUAAACAUCCUAGGACUUUAUA